CCGCGAACUCCCACCCCGAUCCCGAAUUUCCCCUUUUUCUUCCAGGACGUGUUCGAGUUCAGCUACGCCAAAAUGCCGGACGAGCCGCAGGAUGCCGGAGCUCCCUCCGUGUCCACCCCGCUGCCCGUUCCCAAAUCCUCCUCCGAGGAAUCUUCCAGCGACGAGGACGACGAGGACGAGGACGAUGAAGACGACGAGGACGACGAGACCAGCACGGAAAGCUCCUCGGAGAGCGAGGAGAGCUCGGAUUCCGAGGAGGAACGAGCCAACCGGCUGGCGGAGCUGCAGGAGCAGCUGCGGGCCGUGCACGAGCAGCUGGCUGCCCUCUCGCAGGGCCCCGUGUCCAAACCCAAGAAAAAGCGGGAGAAGAGGAAGAGAAAGAAGUCAGAGAAGCACAAAGGGAGGGACGAGGAGACGAGGGCGAGGCAGGCGCAGCUCCGGAGGGCCCGGAAAGCCGGAGGCGGCGGCGGCUCCAAGAAUUCCAAGAAAUCCGCCAAACCUGCCCUGCCAGCCCCUCCAUCGCUCUACGAUUCCGAGGAGGAGGAGGAAUCCAAACCCAUGACCUACGACGAGAAGCGCCAGCUGAGCCUGGACAUCAACAAACUUCCCGGGGAAAAACUGGGAAGGGUGGUGCACAUCAUCCAGUCCCGGGAGCCUUCCCUGCGGGAUUCCAAUCCCGAGGAAAUUGAGAUCGACUUCGAGACCCUCAAACCCUCCACACUGAGGGAGCUGGAGCGUUAUGUCCUGUCCUGCCUCCGGAAAAAACCCCGGAAACCCUACAGCGAGACCAUGAAGAAGCCGGUGGGGAAGACGAAAGAGGAGCUGGCGCUGGAGAAGAAGAGGGAGCUGGAAAAGCGGCUCCAGGACGUCAGUGGGCAGCUGAACUCGGCCAAGAAACCCCCCAAGAAGGCCAAUGAGAAGCCGGAAUCCGCCCAACAAGUGGCAGCUUCCCGACUUUCCGCUUCCAGCUCCAGCUCCGAUUCCAGCAGCUCCAGCUCCUCCUCCUCCUCCUCCGACACCAGCGACUCGGAUUCCGGUUAGUUGGGAAUUCCCAGGGAUUCCCAGGAAUUCCCGGGCUCCGCAGGACCGGACCCGAGUCUCCCCCCCUGGAUUUUGGGGUGACUCCCACCCCCCCCUCCAGCACCGACGGACUUUGGGAAUGCAGGAGAAGAGGGGGGAGGAUCCCAUGGGAUGAGGUUGGGAAUUUUGGGAUUAUCCCGUUUUCCUCCUCCAGCGGAAUUUUACUGUUUGUUUUUGGGCUUUUUGUUGGUUUUUUGUUUUGUUUUGGUUUUUUCUUUUUUUUUUUUUUUUUUUUUUUUGG